GGCCCUCCACCUCCGGCGGGGGCGGGGGCCGGCCCCCUCCAAGUGCUCGGCCAUGACGACCUCUGCCCUCCGGCGCCAGGUGAAGAACAUCGUGCACAACUACUCGGAGGCAGAGAUCAAAGUGCGCGAGGCCACCAGCAAUGACCCCUGGGGCCCGCCCAGCUCGCUCAUGUCCGAGAUCGCUGACCUGACCUUCAACACGGUGGCCUUCGCCGAGGUCAUGGGCAUGCUGUGGCGACGGCUCAAUGACAGUGGCAAGAACUGGCGGCAUGUGUACAAGGCGCUGACCUUGCUGGACUACUUGCUCAAGACGGGCUCCGAGCGGGUGGCCCACCAGUGCCGGGAGAACCUCUACACCAUCCAGACGCUCAAGGACUUCCAGUACAUCGACCGCGACGGCAAGGACCAGGGCGUCAACGUGCGCGAGAAGGUCAAGCAGGUGAUGGCCCUGCUCAAGGACGAGGAGCGCCUGCGGCAGGAGCGCAGCCACGCCCUCAAGACCAAGGAGCGCAUGGCGCUGGAGGGCACAGGCAUCGGCAGUGGGCAGCUGGGUUUUGGCCGCCGCCACGGCGAGGACUACGGGCGCUCCCGCGGUUCCCCGUCCUCUUACAACUCCUCCUCCUCGCCCCCCCGCUACACAUCCGACCUGGAGCAGGCCCGGCCUCAGACGUCAGGAGAGGAGGAGCUGCAGCUGCAGCUGGCCCUGGCCAUGAGCCGCGAGGAGGCCGACAAGGAGGUGAGGUCCUGGCGAGGAGAUGACUCCCCCACGGCCAAUGGUGCAGGGGCCGCCUCCUGCCGCCGGCCAGACCAAGAGCCGGAGAGAGAAGACAGAGAGGAGGAGAAGCUGAAAACCAGCCAGUCCUCCAUCCUGGACUUGGCCGAUGUCUUCGUACCUGCCCCGGCCCCGCCCUCCACACACUGCUCUGCUGACCCAUGGGACAUCCCAGGUCUCAGGCCAAGCGCAGAGCCCAGCGGCUCCUCCUGGGGGCCCUCUGCAGACCCCUGGUCUCCUGUCCCCUCGGGAAAUGUCCUGUCCCGGAGCCAGCCCUGGGACUUGCUUCCCACGCUCUCCUCCUCUGAGCCCUGGGGCAGGACCCCAGUGCUGCCUGCUGGACCCCCAGCCACAGACCCCUGGGCACCCAGCUCCCCCCACCACAAGCUUCCCAGCAAGGGGGCAGACCCCUGGGGGGCCCCGGUGGAGACUUCAGACACACCUGCUCUAGGUAGUACUUCGACCUUGGACCCGUUUGCCAAUGCUCCAGAAUCGGCAGAGACCAAGGAAGCGCAGGCCCUGGUCCCUGGGAAGCCAGGCAGCCCUGUGGAGUUGGACCUGUUUGGAGAGCCCAGCCCAAGUUCCAAACAAAACGGCACGAAGGAGCCGGAUGCCUUUGACCUGGGCAUCCUGGGAGACGCGCUGAGCCAGCCCGGCAAGGAGGCCCGCGCCUGCCGCACUCCGGAGUCCUUCCUGGGCCCCUCAGCCUCAUCCUUGGUCAACCUGGACUCGCUGGUCAAGGCGCCCCUGGCUGCAAAGACCCGGAACCCUUUCCUGACAGGUCUCAGCGCCCCAUCCCCCACCAACCCGUUCGGCGCCGGCGAGCAGGGCAGGCCGACCCUGAACCAGAUGCGCGCCGGCUCGCCGGCGCUGGGCGGGCCCGUCGGGGCGGCGCUGGGCUCCAUGACCUACAGCGCCUCCCUGCCCCUCCCGCUCAGCAGCGUGCCGGUCGCCGCGACCCUCCCCGCCUCCGCCAGCGUCUUUCCGCAGGCCGGUGCCUUCGCGCCGCCGCCCGCCAGCCUGCCGCAGCCUCUGCUGCCCACGUCCGGCUCAGCCGGGCCGCUGCACCUGCCCCCGCAGGCGGGCACCAACCCCUUCCUCUGAGGGCCGUCGGCGCAUGCGCGCGAGGCUGUGCUCGGCACACCCCCACCCCAAGCCUGGGGCGAGGUGUUCACGACCGUGGACCACUGAGACAGGUGACCCCCGGCAAAGCUGGAGAUGGACAGUAUUCUGGGGGCCGAGGCCACGCCCCCAAAUAAAGACUGGACCCAAGUCCUCGCUAUCACCAGGUGGACUUUUGGGGGGCG